GGCUGUGGGACAGUGGGAGUGUGACGUGGAGACAGAGGCAGCGAUUGGAGGGAAGACUGGAAUUAUAAGGGGAGGGUGAGCCGGAGUGAAGCGUCCCAAAGAGCAGCCGACCUCAGAUCUGACAUUGCAGGACGCGCACAAGUCUGUGGAGUCAGCCCUCCUCCGCCUUCUCUCACCAUGCAUCCAGCAAGACUCCCAGCUCGGCAGUGACAAGCGUUUCCGAAGUGACAAGUUUAAGAGCUGAGCAUUGGCGCAGAAAGGCCGAAAUCGAGGAGAAACUGUGCGUAUUUCCCUGCACAUUUUUCUUUACGUCGCUGGCAGUUGGAAGCAGGCGGAGUUAAGCCUUUCUGGGGGAAUUUUUUUCUUAUUCAAGGGGGAAUAUUUUGUUCCAUUCUCUUCACCGACAUGGAGUACACUUCAUCCCCGAAACCGCAGCUCUCAUCCCGGGCAAAUGCUUUCUCCAUAGCAGCCCUGAUGUCCAGCGGGAAGCCCAAUAAGGACAAGGAGGCGGAGGAGAACACCAUCAAGCCUCUGGAGCAAUUCGUGGAGAAGUCCUCCUGCAACCAACAGUCCCUGGCUGACCUGUCCUCUCUGGAUGGGCAUGGGGACUUCAGCGGGAGCGCGCCCGCCGUGUGCACGGAGCCGCUCAUCCCCACCAACCCAGGCAUCCCAAGCGAGGAGAUGGCGAAGAUCUCUUGCAGCCUUGAGACCAAAGAGCUGUGGGACAAAUUUCACGAGCUCGGUACUGAGAUGAUCAUCACCAAGUCUGGAAGGAGGAUGUUUCCAACCAUCCGAGUCUCUUUCUCCGGGGUGGACCAGGACUCCAAGUACAUCGUGCUGAUGGACAUUGUCCCAGUGGACAACAAGCGCUACCGAUACGCUUACCACCGCUCCUCCUGGCUGGUAGCCGGCAAGGCCGACCCCCCUCUCCCCGCCAGGUUGUACGUCCACCCAGACUCUCCAUUCACCGGCGAGCAGCUGAUGAAGCAAAUGGUUUCCUUUGAGAAAGUGAAGCUGACGAACAACGAACUGGACCAACACGGACAUAUCAUCCUCAACUCCAUGCACAAAUACCAGCCGCGGGUCCACAUCAUAAAGAAGAAGGACCACACUGCCUCGCUGCUCAAUCUCAAAUCUGAGGAGUUCCGCACCUUCGUCUUCAUUGAGACUGUCUUCACAGCUGUCACAGCCUACCAGAACCAGCUGAUAACCAAACUGAAGAUUGACAGCAACCCGUUUGCCAAAGGUUUCCGGGACUCCUCGCGGCUGACGGACAUGGAGAGUAGGGAAAGUGUUGAGAAUCUGAUCCACAAGCACUCAUACGCCCGGUCGCCGAUCCGAACCUACGCGGGUGACGAGGAGAACCUGAGCGAGGACGGACACGCCUCACACACCAGAGGUUCAGCGUUCACCGCCUCAGAUAACCUCUCCCUGAGUUCCUGGGUGACCACGACCUCAGGUUUCUCAGGUUUUCAGCACCCACAGUCCCUAUCGGCCAUGGGCACCGGCACUGCUUCCCUGCCCCACCCCAUCCAGGGCUCCCUGCCCCCUUACAGCCGACUGGGCAUGCCGCUGACGCCCACCGCUCUGGCUGGAACCAUGCAGGGCAGCGGUCCCUCUUUCCCCUCCUUCCACAUGCCACGCUACCACCACUACUUCCAGCAGGGCCCCUAUGCUGCCAUCCAGGGACUCCGCCAUUCCUCCACUGUGAUGACACCAUUUGUAUGACUCCAUCCUGGGGAGGAGAUGGAUGAACCUCGCUCUGACACGCACCCCUGUUUCGGAGCAUCAAGCUCUUUCCUCACUCCUCAUCCAGUUUGUAUCUUUCCCUUCGGUCUUUGUAAAUAGCUCACCUACAGUGAGUGAGGUGACGGUCAUGACAUAAAGAGGAUGAGGUGUACUGACAGCCAAUCAAAAAAGGACUGUGGCGCCAUCCUUUGGACCUGCGAAAACACCACCAGAUCCUGUGGUUUCUAUGAACGCUUAAAAGACACUGUACAAACACUUGUGACCUCAAUACAAACUAUAAAACCUAAUGCAAGGUGAUAACAGGAGCAUGUUUGAUCUUGGCCCUUCUUGAACAGAAAGUGGAUCCUUGACUUAUUUAAAGAAACAAGUAGGAAACCCUGUCUUCCCUUAAACGCACUAAUGGCAACAGGGGCUCGACCGGGUCUAAAGAUGGCAGGCAACUCUGUGGUCCUUCAAAAUGACUCACAACUCCACCGGAUGGACAAUGAGGCUCAGUCUGUGAACAUUUCAGCAUGUCAGCAAGGCGGAGCAGCCAUCUCAGGUUUCCUCUGUUUUGGAGAAAACCAGCCAUAUGUACAGUUCAAAGUUAGAACUUUACACUGUUUCGAAAAUAAUGUCAAAAAAUAUGUUAAAAUGCAUUGUACAAAGGCAAACGUGCUACAUUUACUCAUAGGAAAAUUCUCACUGUGGAGAUAAACAAAUAAUAGGACGCAUGCUGACCGCAGUAGACAUACACACUUUAUAUGGAAAAAUAUGAGCCAAAAAACUAAUGAAAAGGUGGUUUUUGCUUUGUUUAAAGGACCAGUUAAUGGAAGCAGCGAAGUUGCUCAAACCACAGAUGUACUGAAAGAGCUGGAUACCAUGCUACUACUGCUGAUUUUUUUUUCUUAGUGCCCAUUUAAAUCUCUAUAGACAUCUGAAACUGAAGGUUAAUAUGAUUGCUGUUUGUUUAAAUAAUGUUUAAUCGGUGAUUUAGAGGUGAUUUGAAAAAGAUCCAAGCAAGAAGAGCUUUUUAGCAUUUUUAGGCAAUUUUCCUCAUAUUUUAGUAUUGGUAAAAAAAUGGCGCUCAAGUGUCAUUCAGAGGUAUCACACUUUUAAUUAUGUGUAACUUCAAGACAAAGUACAGUCUAAACUGUUGAGUUACAUAACAGUUCACUUGCACCACAGUUGUCAUGAAAGGGGAAAUUAGCUACAGAGGCCAUAAACAGUUUUUGUCACAGGCUGUAAAUCUGUAAUUCUCCUGUAAAGUUGGGCAUUUUAACCUGGGUCAGCACUGACUCACUUUAGCAACAAGCCUCAAGUGGCCAUUUGGGGAACUGCAGUUUUUGGCAUUUCAAUUUAUUCCAGUUCUUAUAAUACAUCCAUGGUAAACACAUGCAGACCUUUAAUCUAAGAUUCAUCUUUGAAUUUAACACAAACAAGUCCCACCAGGGACCAACAGCAAACUUUCUAGACAGAGGCAGAGAUAACCCAAAGCUAUCAUGGCCUCGUAAUCACCACGUUUAUCUGGGAUAGAAGUGACAUAAAGUCGAGUUCUUCAGCAUUUCAUUUUUUUAAUUACCUGAUCUUUACUUUAGCAUACAGUGUAGCUCAGUGACUUGUCCUUGACAUUUGAAACUAACGAUCCAACAUGCUGUGUUUGCUCAUCUCUGUGGAGUUGAGAAAGUACGCUUGGUUUGACAAAAGUCGUUCGGUUCAAGAAUGAUUUCACACAGACUGAUGAAUUUCACUAUCUUUGUAUAGUGACCGGACUCUACCUAAAAUCACUUCAAUUACACCUUUCUUUAAAUAGCUGUAUAUUAAUUUUGCUUGCUUUGGUUAAGUGGCCCUUGUAAAUCUGCUCUGACUGGCCUCUAAUGGGCUGAAUUAAGACUCAUUCACUGUAGUCUGUUUUAUAUCAAAAGGCACAUAAAACAGUGUGAAAUGUACAGUAGACAUAUAAACCCCGACUCCUCCUUGCUUUCAGCCUUUUGGUGGUCUGUCUUCAUUGGGUGUUACAGAGCUGAUACAUGGCCGAAUGUGUGUAUGUGGUGACAAGACACACCUGGAAAUAUUGGCUCUUGGGUCUCAUUUAAAGCAUGCAGAAAUGAGGAAGUUGGCUCACACACUCAGUUACAGUAAUUUAUUUUAAAAGGUCAUUUUAGUCAGUAUCUGUGGUCUAUAACUGAAUCCUAUAAACUGGAGUUGAUGAUAAACCAUCCAGGCCAAUAUGCAGACUGACAUCAAUGUAAUCUGAACCUUUAUGCCAGAAAAAUCUAAUUAGUUUGUACUCAAAAUGUGUAAAGAUUUACCUUAACAGUUCAAUUAGUUCAACCUGUGCUGUGGUACAGACUUUCAGACUUUCAUUUUAAAGAUGAACUCCAAAGAAAAUUAAUAAUCCCAUCACUACUGAUAAAAUGUGUGGUAUGGAUGGAGGUUUUUUUUUUUUGGGGGGGGGGGUGUAUUUUGAUUAAAGGUGUCACUUUAACACUACUCUGCAGUUGCACAGUGAUCAGCACAGAGAAAAGAUUGAAAUUAUGCUGAAAGAGCAACAUGAGUUGGUUAAACAAACACUGUAAAUGUCCCAGUUUUGACUCAUGCCAUAUAUUUCCAUCACACAUAGCCUAACACAGCAGAACAUGGGUGUAAGAGUUGGCAGUACUUGAUUUUAUCUCAGCUGUGUAGUGAGCAGGACGGGGAAAUGUACGUGUUGUGGAAAUCAAAGUCCUUUUCUGUUGUACAGCUUUGACUGAAUGGUGAUUUCCAUGUUAAUGUAAAUGUUUAACACCUCUGAGUCGCAAUUCACCACUGAAAAUUAUUUGUUUUUAAAAUUGUUUUGUUUUUAAUGCCAUAAUGCAAAUACAAUACCCAGUGAGAUUGUGUUUUGAUGAUUUUUAAGUGCAAUAUAUUUAUUUUAUUCUGCUGUAUGGAAAUAAUGUGUAAUGUACUAUGACGCAUUUAAAAAACGAAAAAAAAAAGUUAUUUGUAAACCAUGAGAAAUAUAUAUAUAUCACCACCCAGACACUGAGCGCCGUUUAUUGACAUAUUUUUCAUUUACAUCUGAUUGAUCAAAAUCACAGAUACUCAGAAAUGGAAUGAAAUAUUUCUUUUUUGUCUUUUCUUUAAAAAAAAUAGGUUACAAUCAGGUAUUUAGAAAGGUUUGUGUAAUGCUGAAAUAGAGUAAAUAUAAAAGCAAAAACAAGUAUUCAGUAUAAAAAAACAAAACAAAUGAAUCUUCAUCAGGAUUUAAGCUGCUUCAGCCCAUCCUGCAUCACCACCUAGUGGUCAGUCUGCAUCCAAGCCUCACUUAAUGCUGAUGGUAUGUUUUUUGCUCUCUGAAACUUUGAAGCUUCAUGCACUUUGACAGCUACACUAAUCAGAAACACCACAAGUUCAGAUAAUACCAAAGAGCUUUUGUGGUUGUGGUUAUGCAAAUGAUGAGAAUUUUAACAUUUUCAAACUAACUAAGGCUGUGAGCUAUAACACAGCAUUUAACUGCAUUCCGUUAGUGUUGUGGUUUAUCUUUAAAUACUCGGAAAAGUAAUCUAUUUUAGUUCAAUACAGAACUCUUUAUUUUACUGUGACAUCGGGCAAACUAAUACCAAAUUAUAAGCCAUUAGAUUGAUUUUAGGUUUAUAAACUGUAUUCAUUAUAAAAUAAAACCAUGUUACAGGUUGGAGCAAUAUGGACAAGAUCACAGGUGAUAGCAGUAACUGAUGCCGCAGGUUAACUGGAGUGAAUUUGAAGCAGCUACAUGAAACUCAGCUGCCAUUUAUUUAAGUCUUUACAUCUGUGCUUCUCCACCUGACCUCCACAAAAUUGCAGUGGAGGGGAAGUCAAUAUUUGCAUCGGGGGCGGGAUUUUUUAAUUCAGUGGUGUAACAUCAGGCCGCUGCUGCCCUGCUCCGACUGCUGGCUAUAGAAAAAAUGUGUGAUAUAAAUGAUCUAAGCAGGAGCUAAAAAAAUCACACUAUAUCAUCUCUUUAAAAAAGAAAAGUGUAAUUUAUUUUGAAUAAUUCUGCAUGUUUAUCUAUUUAUAUAUAUAUUGAUUACUAGGAAACAAAUGAAAGUGGUCACUGCAUGAACAGUCUGGGUGUUUAUAUAUAUAUAUAUCUCACUUAUAUUUAAAAACUACUGUAUUUCCUGCUUUUCAUAAGCAUGGCAAUGAAACCCUGAUAAAAACCAGGACGCAGCAGUACAUAAAAACUUUAUCUGGGUGCAGAGUGUAAGAAAAAACAUGAAGCACAAUUAAGAUGAUACAAACUAUGAUCAGCACCAGUUUUGGUCAAGUUACUUGAAAAGGUACUUUGAAGGUCAGUUUAAAUUAAAGAAUUGCAACUUCAUGCAUUUAUUUUUUUAAGCAGACAAA